AGGAGAACCAGGACACAAAGGUGAACAAGGAAGGCAAGGAGUGCCUGGACCAGCGAUUGAUCCAGAAACUUUGAAAGAUUACUUCAAGCCAGUAGAAACAUUAAAACAUGAAGUUGACAAAGAAUUGGACAAAAUGAAUACUUCAGUUCGUCUAGAAGUUGGAAAAGAAUUGGAACUAAUGAAUAGCACACUUAGUCUACAAAUUUAUGAGUUAGAACAAACAAUAUCGGUUGUAAACGAAAAACCGGCUGCUCAUUUGCACGGCAGUGGCACGUACGGUUAUUACAGCUCUGGAACUGUAACUCAAUGGUAUACGAGUAGUGGUUCUACCUGGUCUCCGUUCAUUCGCGGUGGCAUGCAGUACAAAGACGGUGUUAUCACGGUUCCCACAAGCGGUAUUUACUACGUUUACGUGCAAAUGAACUAUAAACAUUACAGCAGCACAAGUUACCGCUCCGCUGGAUUUCGUAUCAGAGUAAACGGAAGCGGUCGUGCCUAUGCCUAUCGCUAUCAUCAGCAACCUAAUGAUUACCACACUCAUUACAUGGGACGAAUUAUUCAACUAAACAAUAAUGACAAACUGUCGAUAACAUUUGAUGCUAAUUGCCGUUACUACUUUAAUAGUGAGUUCACCUUCUUCGGUGUAUUUUUUGCUAAUUAACUAUUUAUAUAUCAUAAGAAGCUGUGUGCGUGCUAAUGCAAC